AUGAAAUUUCCAAUCGAGACUCCAAGAAAACAGGUGAACUGGGAUCCUCAAGUGACUGUUCCCUCACCGGUGCCAGCUUGUGAGCCCGAGCCCAAACCAAACGGACACUACGCGGCCCCGCGGCUCUCUGUUUCCUCCCGAGCAACGGUCGUCGCUACCAUGGAAGCGCCUUCGCAGGGCCUGCAGACGGUCAUGAAGUGGAAAACGGUGGUGGCAAUUUUUGUCGUGGUUGUAGUUUACCUGGUGGCUGGAGGACUCGUUUUCCGUGCCCUGGAGCAGCCCUUCGAGAGCAGGCAGAAGAAUACCAUCGCGCUGGAGAAGGCUGACUUUCUUCGGGAACACGUCUGUGUAACCCAGCUAGAGCUGGAGACACUGAUCCAGCAUGCUAUUGAUGCAGAUAAUGCAGGAGUCAGUCCCAUAGGAAAUUCUUCUAACAACAGCAGUCACUGGGACCUCGGAAGUGCCUUUUUCUUUGCUGGAACAGUCAUCACAACGAUAGGGUAUGGAAACAUUGCCCCAAGCACUGUUGGAGGCAAGGUUUUCUGCAUCUUGUAUGCCAUCUUUGGAAUUCCACUGUUCGGCUUCUUGCUGGCUGGGAUUGGAGACCAACUUGGAACCAUCUUCGGGAAGGGUAUUGCAAGGGUGGAAAAAGUGUUCAGAAAAAAACAAGUGAGCCAAACAAAGAUCCGUGUGAUCUCUACCAUCCUCUUCAUCCUGGCUGGCUGCAUUGUCUUUGUGACCAUUCCUGCAGUUAUCUUCAAACACAUCGAGGGAUGGACAGCCUUGGAGUCCAUUUACUUUGUGGUUGUCACUCUGACUACAGUUGGCUUUGGUGACUUCGUAGCAGGAGGAAAUGCUGACAUCCAUUACCGGGAGUGGUAUAAACCCUUAGUGUGGUUCUGGAUCCUUGUUGGCCUUGCCUAUUUUGCUGCUGUCCUGAGUAUGAUUGGAGACUGGUUAAGAGUCCUGUCCAAGAAGACAAAAGAAGAGGUUGGAGAAAUAAAAGCCCAUGCAGCUGAGUGGAAAGCAAACGUGACAGCGGAGUUCAGAGAGACACGGCGGCGGCUCAGCGUGGAGAUCCACGACAAACUUCAGAGGGCUGCCACCAUCCGGAGCAUGGAGCGCAGGCGCCUGGGCCUGGACCAGAGAGCCCACUCCUUAGACAUGCUGUCUCCAGAGAAGCGCUCUGUCUUUACUGCCUUGGAAACGGGACGCUUCAAGGCCUCAUCUCAGGAAAGCAUCAACAACAGGCCUAAUAACCUACGCCUUAAAGGGUCAGAUCAGCUCAACAAGCACGGGCAGGGGGCAUCUGAGGACAACAUCAUUAACAAGUUUGGAUCAUCUGCUAAGAUGACCAAAAGGAAAAACAAAGACCUCAAAAAGACCAUCCCUGAGGAUGUGCGUAAAAUUUAUGAGACCUUCCGAAACUACUCCUUGGACGAAGAAAAAAAGGAAGAGGAGACAGAGAAGAUGUGUAAUUCUGAAAACUCUUCUAGCACUGCAGUCCUGACCAACUGCAUCCAGCAGCACUCGGACCUGGAGAAUGGAGUGAUCCCCACUGAAACCAAAGAAAGGGAACAUGAAAACAAAGCAUUACUUGAAGACAGAAAUUAA